AUGGAACCGUCCACCAAGAAACGAAAGCUGGCCCCCAAGGUCAACCAUAUUCCACCCGACCCAGCUGCCGUCCAGCCUUCACAGCACCCCUCUGAAUUGCACCACCACCUCCUUCAGCCACAGGAACCGCCACCCGAACGCCAUGACUUCGAGACGUACGCCCGCCAUCUCCAAGAUGCCGCCAUGCUCAUCCAGCGACAGACCGAGUGCUCAUCGUCCUCGUAUAAGGAAGUCUCUGUCCUCCUGCUGAGAUGGGAGGACGACGACAGUGUCGAACAAGACUUGAUUGCUCUUAGCCGUAUCUUUGAGUCUCGAUAUCACUAUCGCACACAGCGAUGGCACAUCCCGACUGUGGCUAAUCCAAGCAUCAAGCUCGGUGUUCAGAUGGCCCAAUUCCUGGACCAUGCAAGACCUGAUCACUUGCUUAUCAUAUACUACGCGGGUCAUGGCUAUCUUGGUUCCGAUUCACACCUCUACUGGGCAUCCAAACCUGGACCUGAUGCGGCAAGACUGAAAUGGGAUGGCGUUCGUUGUCUCUUCGAAGACGCCCAGGCCGAUAUACUCUUUCUGCUGGAUACCUGCGCGAUCCCCGACUCACCAAGCUCGGGAAGCAAUGGGCUUAAGCAAGCAAUUGCCGCCGGUGUUCCUGGAAAGGACAAGCGGAGCGACCCCGAUUCUUCAUUCACCAUCAGUCUCGCGGAAGCUCUCCAGAAGAUGAGCACUGGAAGACAAUUCAGCGCACAGAGGCUCUUUGAGGAAGUCAAGUUUCUCCAGCAGCAGCGUCAGCCUCACCCGUCUCGCUUCGUGAAUGGUUCUGGGGGCAUUCAUCUCCCUAGGCCGCAACACCUGCCAGUAUUCUUCACCGUGACGCCCGGGAAAUCUCAGGGACUGACAUUGUCCCCCGUAUCUGUAUCUGAGAGAUCACAGCUGCCUACUUCGGGCGAAUCGGAUCAGUCGCCUGUGCGUGGCCGUGAGGAGCGCCUCAUAGACCCCGCGGAGGCGGCUGAUAUCCGAUUUGAUGAACAUCGUAUUUUGGCAUGUACAACAUUCGUCGGUGACGCUAGCCCAGACAUGUCCUUUUUUCAUCAGUGGUUGCAAAAUACUCCGCCUUUGGGUGCCAAAAUUGCCGUAGAGGGGAUGUUCCUUGGACCCCCGACGAUGCUUCUCAUUUCAAUGCCCCAUUCCGUCUGGAAUAUAGUUCAGCACGAUAAGGUUUGCUGUUUCCUGGGCUACAUCAGCUCGCACAACAUGCUCCAUCUCUACGAGAAGCUCGUCGGGCCCACCCCGGCCAAGCCAUCUAUAAACGAGGCUGACGGAGGGCGAAUCUUGUUGGAGGCGAGAGAAUAUCCCCCAAGGCCACCGGUGCAAAGCCAAGAGCACGAGAGGCGAGAGCAGAUUGUGCACGCUACUCCCCCAUCCGCAGCUCGGAGCACGCCUGCUUCUAAAUAUCGGGCCCGUGAGAGCUUGACCCCAGGCCAGUUUCCUUCAGGCCCCGGCGCUACGCCAACCAAACGAAAAGACGAAAAUGAGGGGUCGGCGGAGAUGCGGGAAGCUGCAGAACAGCUCAAAGCUCUGAGCCAUAUGAGGCACCGGAGUGACGAAAGCACCCAAGGGUCGGAGAAGCCACGAACAACGUUACCCAACGGUACAUCCGAAUCGAGGCACAAAGUGCGUAGGCCCUCUAAUGAUGAUCACGAAGGAUCCAACGACUCUGGAGAGGUGCGAACCAGCCCCCAACGUGUCAAAGUCCCAAGGCGUGCUCAGCCAAAACAUGAGACCCGGUGCCACCAUUGUACUCACGCACCAUUCCGUGAUUCCUCGUCUCUGCGAAAGCAUAUUGCUGCGGCUCACACACGACCAUUCCCCUGUGCCUUUUCAUUCGCAGGCUGCAGCAGCACGUUUGGGUCAAAAAACGAAUGGAAGCGGCACAUCACGUCUCAGCAUCUUUGCUUGCAGUAUUACCGCUGCUCUUCCUGCCCGAAAGGUAACGGUGAAGGUAGGGGCAACGAGUUCAAUCGGAAGGAUCUGUUCACACAGCACCUCCGUCGAAUGCACGCUCCCACGCAAUUAAAAAAGCCCCUCUCAAAGAGCGAUGCGAAAAUCCAGACUGAAUGGGAGUCGCAUGUCAAGCUAAUGCAAGAGAAAUGCCUGGUAAAUCGGCGACAUCCACCACAAAAGUCGGCAUGCCCAAACCCAGACUGCCUGACAGUGUUCGAGGGAGCAGGCUCUUGGGAUGAAUGGACCGAACAUGUUGGCCGGCACAUGGAGAAGGGUGAGGGUAACAAGGCUUGGGUUGAUAAACACCUGAUCAACUGGGCUCUCGACGAGAAUAUCAUUGAGUCACAAGGCGGUGGAUACCGCCUUCUGUCUGGUGCAAAUGGAGGUUCUUCGCCCAACGGCGAGAGCAAUUCCGCUAGUGAGGUCAAAGACUCAAUUUCUAUCCAGCCGCCGACAAGAUCAAGUGCAGAGCCUCCAAAACCAGACGAAGACUCGCCUGGCAAAGAACCGGAUUCCGCAAUUGAUUGCAUGGAGGUUGAUUGA